UGAGUAUCCUGAUUACGGUGGCUUAUUUCUCUAUCUUUUCAUAUUAUUUUUGGUAUUUUUGCCAAGAGUUAAGAAAGUCAAUUUUUUGUUGCAACAUUAAUACAUUAAUAUGCUUGGCAGUGUAUAUCAAUUGCGCCAUGGUAGACUGAAAAAAUAGAGCUAAAAUAUUCAAUAAAGGGUACCUAAUGAAACAUAUAAUACAUCUCUUUUAUUGUUUGGCUAUAUAUUUCAAAGAUUUCCAAACAGAAUAAUUGAAAUAAGACUCGAUUUCAUUUUGAAUAGGCCUAUACAAGUUAACAAGCAUGCUUCGUCCAUGUUAUCAUUUUGCUUCGGAAUAUAUUUCUCAAAAAUGUAUCAAUAAUCAAGAAAAGAUUCCUGAAGGCUAUCAAUACAACAAUAUUUUAUUUAAGUUAACUUAUGUAAAACUCACGCCACGAAUUGCCAUGUUUUUGUGCAUAAUCAAUUUCCUUAAAAAAUGCUUUGUAUCACGGAUAAGAAACAUAUGGUAAUUCAAAUCAUUUAUUAAACAUUGAAUUUCAAUAAAUUGAAGCAGUCUUGCAUGGGCUGCUUAUAUAUUGUAUCAUCUUAGUGCGAUUUAUGUAUGAUAUAUACUUGAUAAGAAUUAACUCAUUACUAAGCAAAUUUUCAGAAGGGAUAUUAGUAUAUUGUGGUUGAUUUAUGUUUCAUAUUCAUAAAUGUGGGAUAAUGUAAAUUUUUGCCACAGGUUUUUUUACAAUGUUGUUUAGAAGUUUCAUAGCAAUGCUAUUGAUUGUUGAAAUGGUAUUUUUGAUAAUCAAGUUUUAUAUUCCUUUAGGUAUUAUUGCUUUGCUAUUUUUUGUGCCUUGAAUGUUGGAUUCGGAUAAAAUUUCCAAUAGAUUUUGCCAAUUUGUUGAAAUAAAUAGGUCAUUGUGAAUUUUGAUAAUAAGUAUUGAACUACAAUAUUUAAUCGGUAUUGCUCAAUUUGCCAAGAAAAAACAUGUGAUAAAAUAUUAAAAUAUGUCAUGUAUUAAAGGAGAAAAGUUUUAUUGCAAAUGAAUGUUAAUCGUAUUAACAAGAUAUAGAUUUCAUUUGAAACCUGAAAUAUUUUUGCACUUUUGUACGUUCAAUUUUGUCUUUUUUCCACUUUUGUCUGGUUAAGAAAGGCUCAUUUUUACCAUGUAGAGACUUUAAAAUUGUAUCCAUACCUGCGUUAAAGUUUGAAAAAAAAAUAGAUUUUGAUAAUUUAAGUUCUAGAUUUUUUGUGUUCCUGAUUUGUUGCAAAAUUUUUGCCACUGGUUCAUGUCAUUCAUAUCUACUGAUUUCUGUAAAUUAAUGAUUGUUUGUUGUGAUCUCUUUUGUGCAUCAUUUGUAACACUUUGCAUUUGUUUUCUAUUUUGUCUGUUGGUUCAUAUAAUAUUUGUUUUAAUAUUGGUAAUAUGUCAAGAUAAAGGAUUUGGUCAUAUAUUUUAUUUCGGUACUUUUAUUGCUGUAGAUUUGCAUUUUGCUUUUAUGUAUCCACUGGAAUGUACACUUCGUUUUUAUUUGAUAAAGAGCUCAUAACAGUUACGGAGAACUGCUGUUAUUGAGAAAUGUAUACCGUAUGUACAAAGAAGUUAGUGAUUUUAUAAUUCGCAGUUGUGCAGUAUCCAUAAAUUAAUCUGCUUUCUAUGAUAACUUGCACCACUGAACAGAAUUUUAUUUUUUGGUUUCAAUUUUUUAUGUCGUUAUCUGCAGCAUCAGCUUUAGAUAAAACAUGUAUUAUCUUUAACCCAUGCCUAAUUGUUUGAGGUUUUUGCAGAAUUUUAUGGCACAUAUUAAAAUGCCCUCUUUCAUUUUAUAGAAUAUGAUAAACUACAAUAUCCCCCUUAAUAAUGCAAUUGGAAAUUGGUUGGAUAACCCAAUCUGAAAUGUAUUUUGAAUUUUCUUUUUGAAUAUCUUGAAUUUACAACUACUGUAAUUCUUGAUGUUCUUAGUUUAUCUUUCUGUACAGUUUUUUGUUACGAUGUUAGAAAAAAAUUAUGUUUGGUUACUGCAAAGUUGGUAAAAUAUGUUUUUAUGAAAUUAUAUGAUAGUUGUGAAUUUAUUUACCAUGUAAAAUUUAAAUUGGUAAAUUAUUCACUAAAUUUCAAUUCGUUAACUAAAAGCUGAAUACAGGUAUCUCUGUAUCACAAGGUGUGCUUUUAUGUAUUAUUGUAUAAAUAUUUUCUUUCAAUUUUUAUUUUUAAAAUCAUGCUGUAAUAAUACGUUAUUAAGCUUUUAUUAAAUGAUAUUAAUCGCUAUUAACAAUGUUGUUGAGUUUCUUUUAUCUACACUACAUCUGUCUAACUGCAUUAAUGUCUUUAUAUUGUUUUUACUACCUCUUUUGUAUAAAAUUUCAGGUUAUUAAUUAGGCCAGUUUAAUAUUAAAUUAUUUAUUUUGUAACAUGCUGUCCUGUAGUGACAUAUUCUGGGAAGAUGCAACUGACUCUGAACCGAAAACAAAGCGUAUAAGUGAUAGAGAAAAUAGAAGGUCAAGGAGAAAGAGUAAUGAUACAUCUAAAAUACGGAAUCAUACGAAAAAUAUCACUGUUAAUAAACAAGAGAAAACACCUUUGAAAAAUAAAAGUAGUACUAAAGUACAGAAGUCAAUACUGGUACCUGAAAAAUUGGUGGAAGGUGGAGAUAGUGUUAUUAAAAGCGAUGAUGGCGUUACUCUCAAAGAUCUCAAUCCCCAGGAUAAACAAAGAAUUGCUCACUUAAUACAAGAACUCGCAAAAGUUGGAGAAGAAAAAGAAAAUAUUGUUCUCGCCCUCAAUGAUGAGAGACAUAAAUUUGUCAUGCAAGUAAGACAAAUGGAGGAAGAAAAAAGAGCUCUUAUGAGUAAGCAACAAUUUUUAGCGGAAGAGGUAAAACAAUGCCAAACAUUGCUUCAAUAUUAUCAAAAUUUAAUCACCAUGCAGCAGACCACACUUCUUGCCAGGGAGGAGUCUAAAGCACAGUCAGAAUCUUCGACAAAUUAUGAAAAACCUGUAGAAUCAUCGUCUCAGAUGACGGAAUCCAUUAUAACUGGCACUGAUGAAGUAACAUCAGAUGAGAUCAGAGUGAAUGAUGCGUAUGACGAACAUACUUCUAAUUCAAGUUUAACAGAAGAUGAUGUGUUGCAGAUGACCGAUCAACAAUACAAAUCAUUUUUGAAAAAGAAAAAGAGAUUAUUAAAAAAAGAACAAGAAAAUUUGCGGAAGUUACUUCUCAUGAAGGAAGGCCAAGAGCCAGAGUUAAAUCAAUCUCCACCUGUUAGAAAUUAUGUGGAUAAAUCAACCGGCCCUCCAUCCUCGUUAAGGAAAAAAUCAAUUCCCAUACAGACUCUAUCUCCAAUUCCAAUGAAAGAAAGCGUAUCUUAUAUCUCUCCAUCCAAAAGUAUCAGUAAUUCAACUCCUCCAAAAACUUUGACAUCUUCUAAUUCAAGCAACAGCACUUUGCAGCAAACUAGAAACUCACCGGAACAAAUUUUACAUUUGCUAACUCAAGACUUAGAAACUGAUUCUCUUUAUGUUACAGAAGAGUUGUCGCGUUCAAAACUACCUGCACAUCCAUCCAUGCAAGAAUCAAAUCUAAGAACAUCCAUUAAUGUUAGUACAUUACAGAGCGCAUUGCCAUGUGAUGACGAUUCCCAAAUAUUGCAAGAUAUAUUUUUUGUUUCGUAAAAUCUUUCGUUUUAUAUUUAUUUAUUUUUUUCAUUUACGUAGCUGCUAACUUAGAACCUUUUUGCAACAUUUUAGCCAUGACUAUUAUUUAAAAUCAACUAAAAAUUUAGUAAAGGGAGGUUCUUUUUUUGUAAUAAGUCAAAAGUAUAAGUUGAAUUGUUAGGUUAAAAGGCAAUAACUAAUAAAAGACUAUUAAUUGUGAUUGAAUUAGUCCAAUCGACAUCCAAAAUUUAGGAUUUUUAAAAAUUGGAUUUUUAGAGUGUUAGAAAUCAAAAUGUACUUCAAAGAAGAACUUUUAAUUAUAUGAAAACUUACCGCAAGUAUAAUGUGACAAUACAAAAUAGUGUAUGGUUGGUCUUGUGGUCAAUUACGAGUUCCUUUGAUUCAUUUGACACGAUUACUUACUGUACUAUUAAUUUAGUAUUUAUUUAAUAAGCCUUAAGGCAGGUUGCCUUCUUUUUUUUCCAAUCGUUUAUGACAUUAUUAACACUAGUAGGCUUGUACUAUAAAAUUCUUUUGGGUUGGCGGUAUAAGUGAUGUAGGGUUUUUGCAGAUUUAAUUUGAACAAUGCCUAAUCAGGAUGGUCGAAUGGACUUUAUGGUUAGAUAAGUAAGUGGGAUUGCCAUUGUGAUUAAAAAUGCUAUUGAAGAUAUAAAUAGAAGAAAUAGAAUAUUGGAAUUAUUGUUUCAAGAAAAUUAGCUAUUUGAGCAAUAUUAUGAUUAGUACUUACGAUUACCUUGGGAAAGAAUUUAUUUUUGGUGAUAUGAGACCUGGUUGUUUGUGUUUUAAAUUUGUUGAUAAAAAUUUGCUUCCGAUUGAUGCCGGAUUAUGAAAUUGGCCAUUUGUGUAAAAAUAUGAUCAUUGUCAAAUUGUCAAUUUCUUUGGUGGAAGGGUAUGAAUUUCAUCAUAUUUUUGAGUUGAUAUCAAUAAUGGACCAAUUUAUAAUAUCAGGGAUCGAAAAAUAUGGCAUGCAUGGAUGAAACGUCCAGCUGUGGAUAUUAAACUUUUUCAUAAUUAUCAAUUACACAAUUUUGCUUCAUAUUAAAACUUUAUUAGUAAAUGAGUAUUUCAAAUUCACGAAAUUUGGCGUUCUGGAUUGUUUGUCUGCAAUGCAUUCCGAUUAUAGAAAUGCAGAAUUACGGUAUGUAUUUGUAAUCAUACUUUACUUUUUGACUUAUUGGGAAUGCUAAUUGAAUUCAAGCAAGUAAAAUUUUUGUUGCAAUUGUUAUAUCUAGACCUGUUUUUUUAUUACUAUUUUACCACCCAUGCAUAUUCCAAAUUACACAUGAAUUCUGUAAUAAUCGGCGUAAUUUUGAUGUCCCUCCUAACUGUAUGUGCUUGUAAUACAUUGUGUAGUGUCUGUUCAAUUGUGAUAUUUAUUUAUUUUCUU